UCUUUUCUCUCCUUUGCUUCUUCAUUACAACACUGCCAAACCUAGCAAAAACCCCGAAAAAAAUGGCUUCGAAGCUUCUGGCUUCCACUCUCCGCCAAACCCUAACCCCCAAACCCACAUCAACCGCCUCUCACCUGGCCCGCGCACUCUCCACCGCCGCCGCUGUUGCAGAACCCUACGAAGACGCAGAUGGAAUUUCAAUGAAAGGCGUCAAAAUCUCCGGAAGGCCUCUGUACCUGGACAUGCAGGCCACGUCGCCGGUGGACCCCAGGGUCGUCGACGCCAUGCUCCCCUACUACCUCACCCGCUACGGCAACCCCCACUCCCGGACCCACAUGUACGGCUGGGAGUCCGACUCCGCCGUCGAAACCGCCCGCGCCCAGAUCGCCGAUUUAAUCGGCUCCUCCCCAAAAGAAAUUGUCUUCACCUCCGGCGCCACCGAGUGCAACAACAUAUCCGUCAAGGGCGUCAUGCAUUUCUACAAGGACAAGAAGCGCCACGUCAUCACCACCCAGACCGAGCACAAGUGCGUUCUCGAUUCGUGCCGUCAUCUUCAGCAGGAAGGUUUUGAUAUCACCUACCUUCCAGUGAAGUCCGAUGGGCUUAUAGACCUCGACGAGCUUCGCGCUGCGAUUCGGCCCGAUACCGGGCUCGUAUCGGUCAUGGCGGUGAACAAUGAGAUUGGGGUUAUUCAGCCGAUGGAGGAAAUUGGGGAAAUUUGCAAGGAAUUCAAAAUUCCUUUCCAUACCGACGCUGCUCAGGCCCUUGGGAAGAUCCCAAUCGAAGUGGACAAAUGGAAUGUGAGUUUGAUGUCGCUUUCCGGGCACAAGGUUUAUGGGCCGAAAGGGGUUGGAGCUCUGUAUAUGAGGCGGCGGCCGAGAAUUCGGGUCGAGCCCCAAAUGAAUGGAGGUGGGCAAGAGAGGGGGAUUCGAAGUGGCACCGUGCCCACGCCAUUGGUUGUAGGGUUUGGUGCGGCUUGUGAGAUUGCGAAGAAGGAGAUGGAGUAUGAUCAGAAGAGGAUAACAGAGUUGCAGGAACGAAUGCUGAAUGGGAUUAGGGAAAAGCUUGAUUUUGUUGUGGUGAAUGGUAGCACCGAGAGACGGUAUCCUGGGAAUUUGAAUCUGUCGUUUGCUUACGUGGAAGGGGAGAGCUUGUUAAUGGGGUUGAAGGAGGUGGCCGUGUCGAGUGGGAGUGCCUGUACUAGUGCGAGUUUGGAGCCUUCGUAUGUGUUGAGGGCUUUGGGGGUGGAUGAGGACAUGGCUCAUACCUCGAUUCGGUUCGGGAUUGGACGGUUCACCACGGAGGCAGAGAUUGACCGGGCAGUUCAGCUGACGGUGCUGCAGGUGCAGAAGUUGAGGGAUAUGAGCCCGCUUUAUGAGAUGGUGAAGGAUGGAAUUGAUAUUAAGAAUAUUCAGUGGUCACAGCAUUGAGGAUUUUGUGAGAGGCAGUGGGUGAAGCAGUAAGUAUAGAUAUGCACUCGUGAGCUGCAGCUGAUGGAGGAGAUGGAGAAUUCGAGGUUCAUUUUGCUAUCCUUGGUGUAAAUGCCUUUGACAACUCUCCAUAGUUACUCUAUAACGAAAUUUUGCAAACACGGUAGUUGUUUUCAGUAUUUGCCUGGCGCUGUUGUGUAUCCUUGGCAUUUUAUAUGGGCUAGAUAGAUGUUGACGAUACAUUUCUAUGUCUGAUAUGUUAUUUUCUUUCUUUGUUUUUUGUAUCAUGUUGAAUAAAUUAUAUUGCAUUACAGAAAAUAUUCAAUGCGUUAUAUGAUGCAUGUGGUGAAUGAGUAAUGUUUGAAUA